AUGGUGAAACAGAGACUAAUUAAUUCUGAUUUCUGUAGGUAUGUGCUUCAGAAGGUGUUAAAGUUGUUAGAGACUCUGAGGAGAUGUCAAGUGGAGCAGAUUUCUAUUAAAGUAUCUUUCAAGGCACAUUACGAAAAUGUGAAUGUCAUCUCAUGGAACAGGCUUGCUAGUUGCACGUUGGCCUCAAGGAGUGAUGACAGGAUAUGCCAUGUCGAUGAUCUUAGACUGAUCAAGUUGGAGAUGCACAUUUUGCAUACCAUAGGCAUCAGAUCCUAUCACGUCAAUUGA